AUGGCCGAAGAUGCUGACAUGCGCAAUGAGUUGGAAGAAAUGCAGCAGCGUGCUGACCAGAUGACUGAUGAGUCACUCGAAAGCACCCGUCGUAUGCUGCAGCUUGUUGAAGAGAGCAAAGAUGCCGGUAUCAGGACUUUGGUUAUGUUGGAUGAGCAAGGAGAACAACUGGAACGCAUCGAAGAGGGAAUGGACCAAAUCAAUAAGGACAUGAAGGAAGCAGAAAAGAAUUUGACGGACCUAGGAAAAUUCUGUGGUCUUUGUGCCUGCCCAUGUAACAAGCUUAAAUCAAGUGAUGCUUAUAAAAAAGCCUGGGGCAAUAACCAAGAUGGGGUUGUAGCCAGCCAGCCUGCACGUGUUGUGGAUGAGCGAGAACAGAUGGCCAUCAGCGGUGGAUUUAUCCGCAGGGUAACAAAUGAUGCUCGGGAAGGCGAGAUGGAUGAAAACCUGGAACAAGUCAGUGGCAUGAUCGGAAACCUCCGUCACAUGGCCCUGGACAUGGGCAAUGAGAUUGAUACACAGAACCGCCAAAUCGACAGGAUCAUGGAGAAGGCUGUUUCCAACAAAAACCGGAUCGAUGAGGCCAAUCAACGUGCAACAAAGAUGCUGGGCAGCGGCUAA